AUGCCACAUCAUACCCUCGCCCAGACCUACGCACAGCGCUCCGAGCAACCCGACCUCACUCCCCUGGCGACCUAUCUCCUACGAUUGGUGCACAUCAAGAGAACGAAUCUGUGCGUCUCGGCGGAUGUCUACACCACAAAUGACCUCUUGCGGCUCGCGGAAGAAGUGGGCGAUCACAUCUGCGUGCUCAAAACCCACGCCGACACCAUCGGGGACUUUGGGGACAAGACGAUACGCGGUCUGAAUGAGAUCUCGAGGCGCAAGAAGUUCCUAGUCUUCGAGGACAGGAAGUUUCUGGAUAUCGGCAACACCGUACAACAGCAAUAUUUGGGCGGCCCGCUGACCAUCGUCCGCUGGGCUUCGAUCAUCAAUGCGAAUAUCCUCCCCGGACCUGCCAUAAUAACUGCCCUCUCUCAAGCAGCUCAAAAGGCAAUCGCAGCUCAUAACACCUCAGCUCUCGACCAUCUAGGUCCACCGCCGUUCGCUCGAUCGCUCCUGCUUCUAGCACAAAUGUCCUCGGCAGGCAACUUCUUCACGCCGGAAUACACAGCCGAAAGUGUUCGACUCGCGCGAGAAAACAAGGACUUCGUGAUCGGCUUUAUUGCCCAGCAGAGUCUGAACGAGAAGCCCGAGGACAAUUUCAUCACGAUGACGCCUGGUGUACAACUAUCGGCCGGCGGAGAUGGAUUAGGACAGCAGUAUAACACUCCAGCGAAGGUCAUCGGCGAAAAUGGCAACGACAUAAUCGUCGUUGGCAGGGGCAUCACGGAAGCUAAAGACCGAAAAGCAGCCGCGCUCGAGUAUAGGCGGCAAGGAUGGCAGGCAUAUAAGGACCGAGUGAAGAUGAUGAGGAAGGCAGGAACGCUGAACAGAUGA